AUGGGAGUUGUGGAGGAUACUGAACCUCCUUUGAAACGUGCAAAACGGCUUGCUGACGAAACGAACGGCUUCUCUGGGAACUCAUCUGUUAGAGGUAGUAGUGUGAACAACUCUUUGGGAGACCUUAUGGCAAGGCCUUUGACCUCCCAAGGGGACGAUGAAACUAUAGGCUCCAAAGGGGUCAUUAGAAAAUCUGAAUUUAUUAGGAUAAUCACUAGGGCUCUUUAUUCGCUUGGAUAUGAUAGAACUGGGGCUAUGUUGGAGGAAGAAUCCGGAAUUCCUCUGCAUAAUUCUAUCGUUAAGGUGUUUCUGCAGCAGGUAAAGGACGGAAAAUGGGAUGAAAGUGUUGUGACAUUGCACAGAAUCGGUCUGCCAGAUGAAAAGGCUGUCAAAUCUGCGUCUUUCUUGCUUCUAGAGCAAAAAUUCUUAGAGCUUCUGAAAAUUGAAAAGAUAGUUGAUGCGCUACGCACCUUGAGGAAUGAGAUUGUGCCUCUUCAUAUUAAUACAAAGCGUGUUCAUGAGCUCGCUUCCUUCCUUAUAUCACCUUCAAACUGUAUGUCACAUACCACUUCGGGUCCAGGUAAAGAAAGUGUGAAUUCAAGGUCCAGGGUUCUGGAGGAACUGCAAAACUUGCUUCCUGCUUCUGUUAUAAUCCCAGAAAAGAGGUUGGAGUAUUUAGUUGAGAAUUCUCUUCAUAUUCAGCGGGAUUCUUGUGUUUUCCAUAAUACUUUGGAUAGUGAUUUGUCUCUGUACUGUGACCAUCAAUGCGGGAAGCACCAAAUUCCUUCUCAGACUGUUCAGAUCUUGGAGUCGCAUACUGAUGAAGUUUGGUUCUUGCAAUUCUCACAUAAUGGCAAAUAUUUGGCUUCAUCUUCCAAGGAUCAGACCGCAAUUAUAUGGGAGAUCAACGCAGAUGGACACAUUUCAUUGAAGCAUACACUUGUUGGCCACCAGAAACCUGUGAUUGCAAUCUUAUGGAGCCCUGAUGAUCGUCAAGUUCUUACAUGUGGAGCAGAAGAGGUUAUCAGAUGCUGGGAUGUAGAUUCAGGAGAUUGUGUUCACAUGUAUGAAAAAGGUGGUAUCAGUCCCAUUUCUUGCGGAUGGUAUCCUGAUGGGCAGGGCAUAAUCGCCGGAAUGACAGACCGAAGCAUUUGCAUGUGGGAUUUAGAUGGUAGAGAGAAGGAAUGCUGGAAAGGUCAGAGGACACAAAAGGUAUCAGAUAUAGCAAUGACGGAUGAUGGAAAGUGGCUCGUUAGUGUAUGCAAGGAUUCCGUGAUAUCGCUGUUUGAUAGGGAGGCGACAGCUGAGAGAUUUAUAGAUGAGGAAGACAUGAUUACCUCGUUCUCAGUUUCGAAUGACAACAAAUAUAUUCUGGUAAAUCUCCUCAACCAGGAAAUCCGUCUCUGGAAUAUAGAAGGUGAGCCCAAGAUUGUGGCUAGAUACAAAGGCCACAAGCGUUCACGAUUCAUCAUCAGAUCAUGCUUUGGUGGGUAUGAACAAGCUUUUAUCGCUAGCGGAAGCGAGGAUUCUCAGGUAUACAUAUGGCACAGAUCUACAGGGAAGUUAAUCGUAAAGCUACCAGGCCAUGCAGGAGCGGUUAACUGCGUGAGCUGGAGCCCGACUAACCUUCACAUGCUGGCUUCAGCAAGCGAUGAUGGAACCAUAAGGAUAUGGGGACUUGACCGGAUUAACCAACAGAGCCAAAAGAAGCAGCAAGUGCAAGGAAGUAGUAGUAAUGGUGUGAUUCACCGAUGCAAUGGGAAUUGA